ACUCUUCUCCUCCUCUUCACUCUGCUCUCAGCCUCUGUGCCUUAGAGCUGCACUCGCUGGAAGAUGGCGGACUGCAGCACACUGCUUGAUGAAGAUCUGGAGUCUUUCGUUUUUAACUAUCUGAGUGACAGCCCGGUAAGGAGCACCUUUAAGGGCAAUUGGAAACCUGGUGGAGAAUCGUUAUUACUGGACUUCCCCGAGAUUGAUCUGUCACAGUUGGAUGCAAGUGAUUUUGACUCUAACGGUUGUUUUGAUGAGCUGCAGUGGUGUAAUGAUCACUCUGAAAACGAGUCCAGCCAGUACAGCACUGAAGACUCGGAGCUGCUUCAGAUCAUAGAAAGCGAAAAUGAUGCCUUGUUGGCUGCUUUUACACAGACAUUGGAUGAUAUACAGGAUGAUGAUAUCAACUUUUCUGCCUUCAUAUCCUCUGGAGAUGGGGACCUCUGUCCCUUACCAGCUUUCUCGCCAAAACACAGCAUCCCAGCUGAAUCCCAUAAGAGCCCUGAAUCUGAAGAUGAACUGUCUAUACUGAAGAAAUUGCUUCUUUCUCCAGCUCAAUUACCCACAAACUGCAGUUCUCGCCGUCAAGGAAGUUCCAAAUUUCGCCCUCCACGAACAUGGUCUAAGGUUGAGAAUCAAGCGGACAGACAACUUGGAUUGCACCAGUCACAAAACAGAAGUUGCACAGAGCUACAAAGACACUUAGUGUCUACCACACAAGUUCCUCAGGCCUCAGAGUCGCAUUCCAAGGAAGAAAGCCUUGAAAUUAAGGAAGAAGACAGUGAUUCCUAUGAAGAACACAGUGAGGAUGAAUCUGUUAACUCCUUAUUGUCUCCUACACUAGAAGACCGUAAACCACAGUUUACUUGUGAGCGGGAGAAGCGUGCAGUGGUGGACCUAAUUAGGUAUAUGCACACUUACUGCCUUCCAAUAAAUAAACAUAACACGGAUGAGAAAUCCCAGCAUUGUAAUAGUCUCUUAAAGAGACCCAAACUGGAGUCCACUCGUCGAACAAAACCUUAUUCAAACCAAGGUUGUCAUGGGGAUUCCAUUAAUAGCAAGGGAAAUUGUCAUGCAGUUGGCAAAUAUAAACGAACUAAGCCCACGCUGGCAGCAUUCUCAAUCCUUAAAGAACUAUUGGCAAAGGAUAUUUCUGGGGAUGUCAGCAAGCCAUACAGGCUGGCUAAGCCAGUAUAUGCAGCAUUCUCAAAUUCAUGUGGCAGUCAGGUGCCACAAAGGAAAACAGAGCCAGGGGUGGGUCGUGGGAUUAAAAAUGAAAUGGAAACAACUCCCAGAAGUUGUACCUCUGUAAAAAAAGAGACUAUGGACAAUGAACGGGACUCUGGAAGAGCAUCAAACAUGGUUCAGGACCAUAUUACUGUUAAACCGGCGCCAAAACAGGAAGGUUCUGUUUAUGCUGUGAGACGGUCAAGCAGACUAAAUCCAGAGAUUAGUGAAUGGUUGUGUUUUAAUGAUGAGCAAUUUUCACAAACUUGUGUGGUACAGACAGCAGCUAAUGUACAACCAUCUCCAGCAGCACAAACAUUAUGCGUGAACACAGAACCUUUUUGUCAUGAAGAGCAGGUGGCAGAGGUUGAAGUGGAUGACUUACCUGAAACCAAGUGCUUGGUUCAGGCUGAGAGCACAUUGUUAGAGGAUUUAGAAGCUUUUGAAAGGGACUUGAAUGAAGCACACAAUGAGAAUGAGAGAAAAGAAUCCCACUCCAUAGAAAAUUCCAGAUGCCCUCCACUGUCCUUGUCACAAAAUGACUGCUCGUUUGCGAAGACUAACUUUGAAGCACUUAGUGUUGAACUUUGUGGCACUGCAGGGCUAACACCUCCAACCACCCCACCCUACAAACCCACUGAAGAGGAUCUUUUCAAGCCAGAGAUAAAUCAGGGAUCUGUAAAAAAUGAAUCUUUGAUUACCUCUUCUUCCAAAAUGGAAAGAAUUGAAGAGACUAUGUCCGUAAACAGAAAACUGUCAAAAAAGCAUCCAGAGAGGACUGAACUAUAUGCACACUUGAGUAGGACAGCAGAACUUUCCACUACGACUGAAUCGCACUCAGUUAAAAGGUCGUUUUCCAGGUCUUUUGGUGAUCAUGAUUAUUGCCAGGUGAAGAAAGUGGAGACUUUAUUACACAGGAAAGUACUGAAGUCUUUAGAUCUUCCUAUUCACGUGGAGACAAGAUCUAAAAUUUCUGCACAUCCUGUGCCCCAAAGAAAGGUAGAAAAUCAACAGGCAUGUUCCAGAAAAGAGGACAGCAAAGCAUUAAAAGACCUUGAAAUCCGAGCAAGUCUCACCAAGCACUUUGGCUUACCUGAUAACACUCUUAUAGAAAGUGGUGCUAUCUGCAGCAGUCCUGAGUAUGAUUCUGUUUUUGAGGACAGUGGCAGUGAGUACAGCUCUCCUCUUGAAGAUGAGGAGAGCUCCGUUCCUCCUAGAACAAAGAUGUGCUCUCGGCGGAGCUACCCUUUUAUAGCCGAUUCUGCAAGCUUCAGCAGCCCCAGAUCAACAGGCCAUAGAUCACCAGUUAGCAGAAGGAUGAUGAGAUGUGAUAACAGUGAGCAGCGACAUAUUGGAAAUUUGAGCCAAAGGCAGAUACAAAAGAGAAGAGAAAAAGCUAUAGAUGAAAGGCGCGUGAUCUACAUCCAAAACCUUUCCAAUAGCAUUAGUGCUAAUGAGCUGAAGAACAGAUUUGAAGUUUUUGGGGAGAUCCUUGAAUGUCGUGUGCUCAACAAAAGCAGGGGAGAAAAAUAUGGUUUCAUCACCUAUGGAUGUUCGGAGGCUGCUGCUUUAUCGCUUAUGAAAGGAGCUUCUCUACGAAAAAAGAACGAACCCUUUUUCCACUUGAGCUAUGGAGGACUCAGGCACUUUUUCUGGACCAAAUACACUGAUUUAGACUCAAAUGCAGAGGAGUCCUCGCCAGCUUUGAAGAAAAGCAAGUAUGAUUCUAUGGAUUUUGACAGCUUGCUUAAAGAGGCACAGAGGAGCUUGCAUCGAUGACAGCCUUAAACCAGGAGGAGUACCUCAAUACCUCAGUCAAGGCACUUCCGAUAUGUUUACGUUUUUGGAGAAGAAAAAAAAAUGGAAUACAGAAACAAAAGACUUUUACCUUUAAAUUGAUGUUUACAUUGAACAAAGCUGCUUCUGUAUGUGAUUUUCCAUGGUGUUGCUGUCUCACUGCCACAGUUUAGUAUCCUUGCUUCUGGGUUCGUCUAUUGAUGUUCUGACCUCUCUUUCCUGUUGUAGCUGCAGCGAUGUUCUCCAUAACAUUUUGUCUGUGGUGUGUGAAUAAGUAAAAAAAAAAAAAAAAAAAAAUGUAAUUUGUGAAUAGUCUGGACUACCAAAUUAAUUUUAAUAGGAAAAAAAAGUAUAUUCUUUAUAAAUAUAUUUAUGGUUCACAUGUACUGUAUUUCAGAUUGUUGUAUGCUUCAUUUUAAACUAUGCACUGUAGUGAGGUGUUUGCAAAAGACCUGAAUCAAUCCUGUUGGUCAUCAUAGAUUAAUAGCCAUGAAGCAUUGUUAGGUGUCUGUGUAGGGCAUUUAAUCCCUUUGGCUCUCAGAAUAGGCAACAGUGUGCCCCGACGUUGAUAUAUAUACACCAUAUAUGUAUAAGAUUAGUAAAAUGAUAUAACAUGUUUGUCGACUAUGCCAGUAUAUUGUAUUUACAUAGUUUCAAUUUUUGUAUUGUUCAGUCACUAGAAUUACAGGACGGGGUGGGGGGCAGGAGUCAAAUACCCUAAAAACAAAGCCCAUGAUAUUUUUUUUUCCUGGCAGCUAUUUUUAUACUUUCACUUGGCUUGAUAAAUAAUUUGCCUUCUGCUUUUAUAUAUACUUUAUGGCUGGGUUCACCGACAACUUUAGAAAUAGAAUCUAGAGUGCAACUUCAUGCAGAUAAUCUGUUAUCAGUCUGAGAAUGUAACUGAAGCUUAUCCCUUCUUUCCUGAACACAAACCUAGUUCCUGACAAAAAAAGUAUUCUAUUAUUUUAAUUGUGAAUCCCUGAAAAACAAAUGAGUAUUUUCUGACAAUGUCUGUACCCUGUUGUCUCUAAACAUGUUCACGGAUAGCCUAACACUUGCUCCAAAGAUAACCUAAAGAACAUUGGUCUCCUUGUCACCUUCUUGUGUAUUAAGUUGUCAUGUAAUACAUAGCAAUACAUAUUUUCAGUUGGUAUAGUGAACCCCCUAUUCCAGCUUAAUAUAAAAGCCAUUAUUUCCACAGACCGUGGAUAAAGUCGUUCAUGUGUAGGGGAAUUGGGGCUGCUAACUCCAGUUAAUAAUCUUUUCAAUAUUUACCAGGGUAGUAUAGAAUGUAGGAUUAAGCCAUUUUGUGUAGAUUAGGAUACAUAGCCUUACUUAUAUAAAUAGUUCAAGGGAAUAUCUUCUGUUAUCUUAUUUUGCCAAAGUUUCUAGCAGCUCCCAUGAACCUUGUUAGGAUUAAAUAUACCUCUUUGGCAAACACCUUAUUGUAGCUCUGCCUUUCAAUGUCAUAGUAUUUUCUCACAACAAUGUUUACAUGUGAUUGCUAUAGAGUUUACUGUAGUAUAUAUAAAUAUAAUAUAUAUAUAUAUAUAUAUAUAUUUAUAUAUAUAUAUAUACACCUAUAUGAUGUUACUUUAGAGUGAAUUGUACUGUCCUGUGCUGUGAUGAUAGUUUUAAGAACAUUAUGUACAAUGUUGCUAUCUCCUAAUUCAAUGCAUACAGUUUAGUCAAACAAAGCAUUUUUUUUUUGCUUUGUACACAGACCUUUUGAAAGACCCGCUUUGCUAAGGGCCACUGCAGCUGUAUGUGGCACUUGCUUCUUGUGCUUUCAAAGGUCAGUAGUGCUUCCGUAAGGUGACUAGACUUUUCAAACCGUAGACAUGCUAAAGACACAGUUGCUUUUCAUGGACAGACAAAAGUUGCUUUUUCUGGACAAGACAGCACAUCUCGGUGUAAAAGAGAUCUGAGAUUAAAGAAGUAUAUGAUUUUUGUUCCUGAGGCCUUUAGACUAUAAGUUUAUGAAGUACCUUGUCCAGCACUUAUGCAAAGCAUACAUUCUUGCACAGGUAUACACGCACAGGUAUUUUAGCAGUGAAUACACUAUCUACUUUUGUAGAUCAUGUUUAAUAUCAUUUUAAAAUAAAAGGUGUACACUUAAACACAGCUGAAUGUAAACUAAGGUAGACUGUGGCUUGUAAUAACAAGUAAUUAUCAGUGGCAUAAAUUUACAUACAAUUGCACAGUCACUCUGUUUUACCAAAAAAAAAUGGUCUGAUAAUGCAAUUUAUCGAUAUUCAUAUAUAACUUAUUUUUAUAGCUUGCCAAUGAAAUAAUCAUUGAUCAACGUACAAUUACUAUCCACACAAGACAAUUAUAAUAUUGUUUCCAUUUUUCAGAAUAGGAUGUUUUUCAUUUGUGAAGGUGCAUUCACUGGGAGCAUAAAAAGCCCUGCAGUGUAGCCUACAGAAUUCAGUUAAUCUUUUAGUUCAAUUCAGUGUAAUUAAAUAUGGGUGGUAACACUACUUUGGUUGUGACAGUAUAAUUAACAAUGCAAUAUUAUUAUUUUUCUUAUUUGUGUAUUUUUAUAUCUACACUGUAGUGCUUUGUAUCAUUCAAUACAUUUUUUUUUUUAAAUUCAAAAUGUGUUUUUUUUCUGUUGUAAAGUUUUACUGUGGGCCAAAACCUUUAUACUCUACUAUAAAGACUACUUUUUGCAGAAUGCCCGUCUUCCUGUUUUGCUUAUCGUUCCACUACACACUGUGUUAAUUUUUUCAGCGCAAUAUUUCCAUUCCUAUUUUACCAGUGUGCUUCUUAUAAAACCAUGUGUACGCCAAGAUCAUGAAAGCAGAACAAAUAGAUAAUAGCUAGAUUUAUUUUUGUAUAUACACAUAUAUAAAUAUGUAACAAUGCAUGCACACAGUGAAUGCACCUUAAAUCUAAACAUGGGAAAUUUCACUUAUCAAUAUAUUAGCAGAGUUUGUAGCUACUUUUACUUGAAAACUUGGCUAGGUAAAUGUUCAUGUAAAACAACAACAAGAAAAAAAACAUAAAUCAUGGGUCUCCAAAAACUAUUAAUCUGCAAUGUUGUUUAACCCCUUGGCUACCACAGUAGGAUAUUUCUUCCCUCUCUUACAUCCAAGGAGUUAAAGUAUCUGAGCAAGUGACCAUCUCUCGUAUAUCUCAGCUAUAUCUACUGUAAUUUAUGGAGCCUUACUUGGGUUUUAUUUUAUUGAAAUGUCAUAAAAAGCAAUAUCAUGGUUUUAUACAUCUAGAAUUCCUGCACAUCUGCAGCAUAGUGUGCCCUUAAGCAUGCAUUAGCUAUAUAACAGGUGUAUGACACUUAUCACUGAGGUGCUUUAAUAACUACUAUCCUAUACAUAUCAUGUCAUCACUUUCUUUUGCAUUUGACAGUUGCAUUGAUGUUUAUUUUUUUGUUUGAUUGUAUUAUCACAAGAACAGACUCUUAAUAGUUUGUCUAAAGUUCCUAGUUAUAUGUUUAGUUUGGAUGAAAACGUGCAUAAAUUAUUUUACUUGGCCCUUUUUCUUAAAAGUCCUUGUUAUUAGAUCUUGUAUCUGUUUGUCUUUUGCUUUUUGUUUGUAAGCAAUAGAAAGAAAAAUACGUCCAUUUCUGUUAACCUGUUCUGUCACUGUUAAUGUGUAAAUUCUAGAACAUAGAACCUAAAUUAGAAUAUCCUAAAUGGCAGUGUUUGAGCCUUUAUUACUAACAAAGAUGUACUAAAAAUGUAUAAAAACUACAAUUGACAACGCAUUUCACUAGGAAAGUGUAAGAAUGCCACCAGUCUGGGGGCACAUCAGCUUUGUUAUUUAUAAUUACAAGAGAAAUCUUUUUUUAUUAUUUUAUUUUAAGACUGCUAAUAAUUAAUUGAUUUAAUGAUAAGAUUGAUUUGUGUUUUUUUUUUAAAUGGUAGAGUUUUUUUUAUAUUUUACUUUAUAAAUUUAGUUUGGUUACUUCGUUAUUUAUGUAUCAUACUUUUAACCUCCAGUGGCAUGAAUUCCUAUGUCUUUUCCUUUUUUUAUUUUUAGUGUGAUUUAAUUGUCUACCUUAAAAACAAAAGAAUGUUAUUGUAUUUUUACAUUGUCAAAUUCUAUAGUUUCGUAGAUAAUUUAACCAAAAUCACUCAGUGUAUAAUCCAGUGAGUAUAAAGUCUAUUUUAAAUUGUGUAAAUAUUUCUGGACUGCUUUCUUUUAUUCAAAAUUCUAAUCCUCUCGAUAAGGAGUUUCUUGUUUACAUCACAAAAUUAAACUGUAGAAUCUCUACAUUCAUGUACUGUAAAUAGCAAAUGUGUUCAGCCUACAAAUAAAACAAAACCAUGUAUGGUAUAAAUUAAAA